AUGAAAGGGUUUAUGUGGUCAGGGACUCAGGACUUCCCUGAAUUGGGUUUAUCACAGCACCAUAAACAGCUGCGUUCAUUGGCCGAUCAUGUACCUCAUGGUUAUAGGGGGAAAUCACUUUUUGAAAUCCUUAUCAGAAAUAAUGUUCCGUUACUAAGAGCAACUUGGAUUAUCAAAGUCACUUAUCUUAAUCAGGUUCGGCCUGGCUCUUCCAGUUUAUCUUCUGGGGUGUCAGACAGAAGUCAGUUUUCUCGCUCACAGCAGUGGACAAAAGAUGUUACUGAUUACUUGCAGUACCUCCUGGAUGAAUUUGUCUCCAGAAAUAAUUCCCAUUCUAAUGUACACUUCAGGGAUCGCACUCCACAAUUGGUUUAUGCUGGGUCAACACAGAACAAUAUUGAUCCAGCAGCAGCAGUUGUUGAUGGUGAGGAGCCCUCCCUACAUUUUAAAUGGUGGUAUGUGGUGCGGAUUUUACUGUGGCAUCACGCAGAAGGGCUGCUUCUUCCUUCUCUCAUCAUUGACUGGGUUCUUAGUCAACUGCAGGAAAAAGAAUUGCUUGCGAUUAUCCAGUUGCUAUUGCCAAUCAUAUAUGGUGUCAUAGAAACUGUUGUCUUAUCUCAGACCUAUGUACGCACUCUGGCAAGAGUAGCUGUUCGAUUCAUCCAAGAACCUUCUCCUGGUGGUUCUGAUCUUGUGGACAAUUCCCGGAGGGCAUACACUACCUCUGCUCUGGUUGAGAUGCUGCGAUAUUUGAUACUGGCUGUGCCUAAUACUUUUGUUGCUUUGGACUGCUUUCCUUUGCCGUCUUGUGUGGUAUUUCACAUGGUAAAUGAUGGGAAUAUCUUAUCAAAGGUAGCUGAGGAUGCUGUGAAGAUGAAAAAUGGUCCAGUAGAAGUAAGUUGUGUGUCUCGAGAUGAAGGGCUUGAUGUCCAGCGUGAAUCAUUGUUGAUUGAUCAUGCUGUUUCAUCAAUCCAGAAACGUGCAGAUAACCUUGCAAGGGCUGUCAGACCUGGCCAACCAGGUCACAAUUUGGCAAAAGCUGUACAGACAUUGGAUAAGGCUCUUGUACAGGGAGAUGUGAAAAUGGCUUUUAAAUUCCUCUUUGAAGAUCUUUGUGAUGGGGCUGUCCAUGAAAGUUGGACAGCAGAAAUCAGCUCACAUUUGCGUUCAUCACUCAAGUGGAUAGGGACUGUGAACUUAUCAUUUAUUUGCUCUAUAUUUUUCAUCUGUGAGUGGGCAACAUGUGAUUUCAGGGAUUUCAGGACAGUCCCGCCUCAUGGCCUGAAAUUCACUGGCAGAAAAGACUUUUCUCAAGUAUACAUUGCCAUAAGGCUUUUGAAGCUGAAGGUGAAAGACAUGCAAAGUUCAAUCCGAUUCAAGAAUGGCAGCACCCCUCUAGUCAAUAGCCUUGCAAAUGGUCCUGGUCAGCUGAAUAACUAUUCUGGAAGGACUUCUGCUGGAGUGGUGUACAACCUUAGAAAUUGUUCAAAGAGUGUGAAUGGGAAAAAUAAAGAUUGGGCAGAUCUUUUUCAAAGCCCAGGCCUUUUACAUGAUAUCAUUGUGUGUUGGAUAGAUCAACAUGAUGUGCAAAAUGGAGAAGGUUUCAAGCGCCUUCAACUACUCAUAAUAGAGCUCACACGAUCUGGCAUUUUUUAUCCUCAGGCAUACGUGAGGCAGCUGAUUGUUAGUGGAUUUUUGGAUUGUAAUGGACCUCUGGGGGACUUAGACAAAAGGAAGAGACAUUACAAUAUCUUGAAGCAGCUGCCUGCUCCCUAUAUUCGUGAUGCUCUUGAAGAAGCACAGAUCAGUAAUGCACCAAUACUCAAGGAGGCCAUGUAUGUUUACUCAAAUGAACGACGCCUCGUGCUUCGCCAGCUUAUUGAUCAUGAUAAAUCCCCUAAAAGUGCAAAUACCUUGUCUCGGAAACAAAAACAUUAUCUAACCUCUGGGGGGGAUGGUGCUUCACCCCCCUCUGUUGAUCAGUUGAAAGCUUUUCAGCCAGGGUCCUGUUCAUUGUCCCGUAAGCCCGUCAAAAGAGUUGCUGACCUUGAAGAACUCAAAGCUUCUAUUUCAACGUUGUUGCAGCUACCAGAAUUGUCUUCUAUGUCCACAGAUACAGGACUUGAUGACCCACAGAGGAGUAUUAAGAGGUUCUUUGGGUCAACUAGCAACAGGGCGGACAUGGGAGAAGGAACAGCUGGAUGUGAAGAAUGUAGAAAGGUGAAGAGACAAAAAUUGGGUGACGAUAUGAGCUCAUACCUACAGGUACAUUCAUCAAAUCCCCCAGACAACAAUGAAAUCUGGUGGGUGAGGAAGGGGCCUAAAUCCUUGGAGUCUUCUAAAGUGGAUCCACCUCUGAAGCCUUCCAAACAGGCCACAAGGGGUAGGCAAAAGGUUGUGCGUAAAACUCAAAGUCUUGCUCAAUUAGCGGCUGCUAGGAUAGAAAGUAGCCAGGGAGCAUCAACAAGCCACAUUUGUGAUAGUAGGAUAAGCUGCCCGCACCACAGAACUGGUAUUGAAGGAGAUGCUCCUAAAUCGAUGGAUGCAAUCCGAACAGCCCGUUCUGGAGAUAUUGUUUCAAUUGGAAAAGUUCUGAAGCAGUUGAGGUUUGGAGAGAAGAGGACCAUCAUGGUAUGGUUGAUAGCUGUUGUGAGGCAGCUUGUUGAAGAGACUGAAAAGACUGCUGCCAAGGUGGGCCAGUACAGUAGGCCAUUCCCUCCUACCAAUGACCAGAGCACUGUAGGAUGGAAGCUUGGUGAAGACGAGUUGUCAGCCAUACUGUAUUUGAUGGAUGUUUCUAAUGAUUUAGUUUCAGCUGUGAGAUUUCUCCUUUGGUUGUUGCCAAAGGUUCUUAAUAGCCCCAAUUCUACAAUCCAUGGUGGGAGGAACAUUCCAAUGUUGCCCAGGAAUAUGGAAAACCAUGCAUGUGAACUAGGGGAAGCAUUCCUUUUGUCAUCCAUCCGAAGGUAUGAAAAUAUACUUGUUGCAUCCGAUCUUAUUCCCGAGGCCUUGUCAGCCGCAAUGCAUCGUGUUGCAGCAGUUAUAGCCUCUAAGGGAAGGGUGUCAGGUUCAGCAGCUUUAGUUUAUACCCGACACUUGUUGAAGAAAUAUGGCAAUGUGGCUAGUGUUGCUGAAUGGGAAAAGAACUUCAAGGCAACAUGUGAUAAAAGACUUGUAUCAGAACUUGAAUCUGUGAGGGCAUUGGGCAGAGAGUUUGGGUAUCCACUUGGAGUGCCAGCAGGAGUCGAAGACCUUGAUGAUUUUUUCCGUCAAAAAAUAACUGGUGCUCGAGUAUCUAGAGCUGCUUUAAGCAUGAGGGAUAUUGUGCAAAGACAUGUUGAUGAAGCUUUUCAUUGUUUUUAUGGCAAAGAGAGGAAGGUUUUUGUGGCUGGUGCAAUAAAAGGUCCUGCCUUGGAAAAAUGGGAUGAUGGAUAUCAGGUAGCUCAGCAAAUAGUCAUGGGACUAAUGGACUGCAUUAGACAGACUGGUGGAGCCGCCCAAGAAGGAGAUCCUACUUUGGUGUCCUCUGCUGUUUCUGCAAUUGUUAGUAAUGUUGGACAGGUUAUAGCAAAAAUGCCUGAUUUAACAACUAGUGGUAAUCAUCUGAAUAUUCCAUCCACCACCAAUUCAUUGAAUUUUGCUCGGCGCAUUUUACGGAUUCAUUUAACUUGCCUAUGUCUGCUUAAGGAAGCAUUUGGAGAGCGUCAAAGCCGUGUCUUUGAGAUAGCUCUUGCUACUGAAUCUUCUUCUGCACUUGUGCAAGUUUUUGCUCCUGGAAAGGCUCCUCGGAGUCAGUUUCAACUGUCUCCUGAGGCCCAUGAUUCCAAGGCAAAUGUAUCGAAUGACAUUUUAAAAAAUUCUACAAAAUCAGUGCUUGGAAGAGCUUCAAAAGCUACGGCUGCUAUUUCGGCGCUUGUUGUUGGGGCAGUUCUUCAUGGAGUAGCUAGCCUUAAGAGAGUGGUAGCUGUUUUCCGAUUAAAGGAAGGGUUGGAUGUCAUUCAGUUUGUAAGAAGUAUGAGAUCUAAUUCAAAUGGGAAUGCGCGUUCCAUUGGGGCUUUUAAGGCAGAUAACUUGGUUGAAGUUUCUGUGCACUGGUUUAGGGUGCUUGUUGGGAAUUGCAGAACUGUCUCUGACGGUUUCAUUGUGGAUCUUCUGGGUGAAGCUGCUAUAAUUGCUCUCUCAAGAAUGCAACGAACGCUUCCUCUCAACUUGGUUUUUCCUCCUGCCUAUUCUAUACUUGCAUUUGUCAUAUGGAAGCCUUUCAUUCUUAAUUGGAGUAUCGUAAUCCGGGAUGACAUCCUCCAGUUGUAUAAAUCCCUAGCAUUGGCUAUAGGUGAUGCCAUAAAACACCUGCCUUUUCGUGAUGUGUGUCUUAGAGACACCAAUGGCCUUUACGAUCUUGUAGCUGCUGAUGCCAGUGACUCUGAGUUUGCGGCCGUUCUAGAAUCUCAUGUUUCAGACAUGCACAUGAAAGCCAUGGCCUUUGUGCCUCUCCGUGCAAGACUCUUUCUGAAUGCCAUUAUUGAUUGUAAAAUGCCACAGCCAAUUUUUAGGCAGGAUGAUGGGAAUCGAAUGUCUGGGCAUGGUGAAUCAAAGGUCCAAUAUGUAGAAAAUGAGAGAAAGCUCGUGGAUAAGCUUGUACAUGUGUUGGAUACACUGCAACUUGCCAAAUUUCAUUGGCAAUGGGUUGAGCUCAGGCUUCUCCUGAAUGAGCAAGCCCUCAUAGAAAAAUUGGAGGUUCAUGACACCUCGUUAGUCGAGGCUGUAUGCUCUCUCUCUCCAAACCCCGAAAAACCUGCUGCUGCUGCUGAGAAUGAGAACAACUUCAUUGAAAUUAUCCUCACAAGGUUACUGGUCAGGCCUGAUGCUGCUCCUCUUUUUUCAGAAGUUGUACAUCUUUUAGGGAGAUCACUUGAGGAUUCAAUGCUGUUGCAAGCUAAAUGGUUCCUAGGAGGACAUGAUGUACUUUUUGGACGGAAAUCUAUUAGGCAACGGCUUAUUAACAUUGCUGAUAGUAAUGGUCUGUCAACUAAGGCUCAAUUUUGGAAACCAUGGGGCUGGUGUUCUGAUCCCGUGGCAACGGAGAGAGAGAAACAGAAGUUUGUAAUCCUCUCUCUUGAAGAAGGAGAGGUAGUUGAAGAAGGAACAGACUUAAAACGUCAGGAAAGAGGACCUGUCCAAGUGUCAAACAUUGAUUUGUUCAUUGUCGGCCAGCAGCAUGUAACGGAGAGAGCUUUUGUUGAAUUGGUUCUCCCUUGCAUUGAUCAAAGCUCCAUUGACUCACGCAGUACGUUUGCAAGUGAUAUGAUUAAGCAAAUGCAUAUUGUAGAGCAACAAAUAAAUGCAGUUACCCGAGUAGCAAAUAAGCACACAGGACCAGUUUUUUCUGGAAUUGAAGGGCCUACAAAAAAAGGCAAUAAUCGCAAGAGUCUUAGAGGUGGCAGUCCUGGAUUAGCCAGGCGACCAACAGCACCAGUUGAUAAUGUGCCUCCUUCCCCUGCAGCAUUGCGAGCUUCCAUGUCAUUGCGAUUGCAGUUCCUCCUGAGAUUGCUUCCUAUUAUUUGUGCGGAUAGGGAACCUGCUGGCCGUAACAUGAGGCAUAUAUUUGCCUCAGUGGUACUUCGUCUCCUUGGAAGUAGAGUAGUGCAUGAAGAUGCAGACCAGUCUCAUUUGACAGUGAGUUCUUCCUCAACAAAGGUGCUGGGAUCGCUGAUGGAGGCUGCUUCUGCUGCCGAUUUAGAUUUUUCUGGUGAAAGUCUAUUUGAUCGUUUAUUGUUGGUACUGCAUGGGCUGUUGGGCAUCUGCCCGCCGAGUUGGCUGAAGUUCCAACCCAGUUCCAAGUCAACCACUGAAUGCAGCAAAGACUUUGCUGGUUUUGAUCACGAGGUGGCCGAGAAUUUACAGAAUGACUUGGAUCACAUGUUAUUGCCUGACAUGGUUCGGUGGCAUAUCCAAACUGCAAUGCCAAUUCUUCUCCCAUCCGUCCGCUGGUCAGUCUCUUGUCAGCUUCCAUUUGUCUCAGUGGCAGCCCUUGGUUCUCUACAACCCAACGUCUCAGUGUCUGGGCUCCAUACUGGAACUUCAAAUAUUCCCCCGAGGAGUCCAGUUUCUUUAGUUCGAACUGCCACUAACAUGGCAGGGAAGACCAAACCAAUGCUGUUGCAGCAGGAACUUGAUAUGGAAAUUGACCCGUGGACCCUCUUGGAGGAUGGAGCAGGGUCAGGCCCAUCUUCAAGUGACACUGGUGUCAUUGGCGGGGGUAACCAUACUAAUCUGAGGGCAUCCAGCUGGCUUAAGGGGGCCGUAAGGGUCAGGCGGACAGACCUCACAUACAUUGGUGCUGUGGAUGACGAUAGCUGAUUUUAAUUUACUUACAUUCUUGAAUUUGUUUGGAAUGAGCAAUCCCCUCAGCAGAUAAUGUAUCAGUUUUCCCGAGUGUCACUGGGUGUAAAUUAGCAUAUGGGUGGCAUUCCCUUCUUGUCUUUGGUGACAAAGUUUGCUGCUGGGAGGCACAUUGUUUUAGGGGGGGUCGGGGUGGCGAAAAGAACGUAAAGUUGAUUUUGUCCUGCUGCUCGUUCGACCAGGUCUCAAACUCUGCUUGACUACUAACCUUUUUUUGAUAAAUUGCCCCUUCUGGACUGGCCACUUUAUUGGCACAGUUCAGAGAUUUUUUGUAUAUAUAAUGGUAUUGCUUUUGUUGAGCUGAGCAAAGUAUAUCAAGAAUGAUCUGUAGUUGUUUCAUUCUCGUCAAUAUUUUGUUACAAAUUAUCAGUUGGGCUGAGUAAAAUAUCUCAAGAAUGAUCUGUAGUUCUUUUGAUUCUGUUCAAGUUUUGG